AUGAAUGACUUAGUGUUCCUCAUUUUUUGUUUAAAUUAUAUUUGUUACGUUAGUGGUGCUGAUUCUGGCGAGAAGCCCAAUGCGCAAAGCGAGACCUGUUACCAUCGCGUGGCGGCGUGUGAAGCAAACACGGGUGCCGUGAAUCGUCCAGUCUGCGGUUCCGACGGACAUAACUACCCUUCAAAAUGUCACUUAAUGAAGGCACAGUGCUCAGGAGAACCUAUUGUAAUGGCCCACAGAGGGCCCUGUACAGACAGUCAAACUUCAUGUAUGGCGGUGCUGCGCUAUGCAUUGAAGCAAGGCGGUCGUCGAGCCACAUUUGUGCCAAGGUGCCGCGCGGACGGCACUUAUGCCGCCGUGCAAUGUGCCGCUGCAGGUGCCGCAGCUGGCUGUUGGUGUGUCACCGCCGACGGGAAACCUCUGCCCGAUACAGCUGUGAGGAAUGGAAGGCCAGAUUGUACGAGAACUGGUAAAUCUCAAACAAAGCGGCGCUCUUCCGUUCGAGGUCAACGUAAUAAGAAAAGUUGUACCAGAGUAGACAGAGCACAGUUCAAUGGAAAUCUUAUCAAAAUAUUCAGUGGAGAAUACGACCGAGCCCGAGCUGAUGAUGGAGGGGCCUCGGAUCCUCGAGGAGUCGCUGAUUGGAAAUUCAGGGAACUGGAUCGUGAUAGAAGUGGGACGCUGCAGAAGUCUGAGUAUCGCGGCUUGCGGCGGCUCAUCAAAAAGGUGGUGAAACCAAAACGAUGCGCUCGCGCAUGGGCCCGCGGUUGUGACGGCGACGGGGACGGGGAGAUCGCGCGCUCGGAGUGGGCCGCAUGUCUCUUGGCCAGCCCGGACCCACCCGCUCCGGACUUCUCUCUCCGUUUCUUCAUGUCGUUGAAUGCAGACGACGAUAGUGUUCCAGAGCCCGAACCGGACUACGAAGAGGAACCACCUCCAGACCCCAGUUCAGUAUUGCCUGGCAUAAUGCGGAAUUCCUUCGCUCCAGACGGUUCUGUUGUUAGAGAAGAUGAAACAAACGACUGUCUCACAGACCGACAGGCCGUGCUAGAUGAACAGAAAGCUGGAAGUGCUGUUUUAUACGUGCCGGAGUGUACUGGUGACGGUCGGUAUGCGCGCGCGCAGUGUUACCGCUCCACCGGCUACUGCUGGUGCGUCCAUCAAGACACGGGCAAGCCGAUACCGGGAUCGUCGGUCAAAGACGCUAAGCCGGAUUGCGACGCCGCUCCACAACACGCCAGCCCAAUGAGAGGUUGCCCAGAACCAAUGAAGAGUCAUUUUCUCCAUGACCUGAUAAGUUUCUUCAUAUCAAAGAUGACUACUUCUAUCAACGGCACGGGUCCAGGAGAUGUGGUGAAAUGGGGGGCGUCGAAGGAGGAGCAGGCAGCUACUUGGACCUAUGUUAUGUUAGAUAAAGACAAAAACAAAGCCUUGGAAAGACGGGAGUGGAAAGCUUUCCACCAGCUGAUAUCAAACAUGGAGCCAUUGAGAAGAUGUGGAAGAAAACUCCCUCGUUACUGUGACGUAAACCAUGAUUCCAAGAUUAGUAUUACAGAAUGGAUGGCCUGCUUGGAGGUCACACAGGCAGCGCACGGGCAUACCACUGAAACAACAAAAGUUCCAUCUAAUCCAAGAAGAAAAGGACCCAAUCCUCUCGAAUCGAUUCUAAAGGCCGACGACUAGAAUUACAAAACUAUAUAUGAGAUUUAUAAGAGAUUUAUAAGUAUAAAAUUAUACAAUCACCUUGAAAAUGAAUCGUUGAUUCGAUGUCCAUACAUAGAAAAUAGUAGGUAAUUUUCAGUGGCAAUGAUAAAUGUCUCAUAUUUUUUAUGUGCAUAUAAAUGCUUCGAGCCAGAACUAUUUAUGAGGUCCUGAUGAAUUUCUAGUUUAUUAUAAUACAACUUCACUAGUCUUGCAACUUGUAUUGUUUCAAGAAGUUAACUGUUCUGUGUGUUAAUGGCUAUGAGUGGUUUAUAUAAGAGUGUUCAUUAUAAAAACACAUUUUGUUAAAUACCUUUUUCUAUAGUAUUAUAUUUUUAUCUCUUCCAUAGAUAACCAAUGUUUGCUGGCAACGAAAUUGUAAAAAAUUGUACUGAUUGUAUGUAGAUUUAAGAUCAAAAUUUUCUUUUCUCUUAAUAUUUAUGAAACUUUUAGUCAGUGUAAAAUGUAAGAGCUAUGUGAUAUUUUCCAUUACAUUACUAUUGCAAAAUAAAUAACUUAGAACUUGACAA